UGAACGCAGAACACAGUGGAGGAAAAAUCCUUGACUGGCUCCGUCUCCACAUUGCGCAGCGUCUGCAGCCUAAUGCAGCACAUCCCAGCUCCUCACCAGCUUCUAUUAGGAAUAUUCUUCAAAUGGAGGCAACAUCAGAGUGCUGUCCUGUAGCUGGAGCUGGACACAGACGCACCGAGCACCGCUGAUGUGAGAUCCAAAACAAAAGAGACAUGUCUGCCGCGCAAGGACUUCUCAAUAGUGUCUUCUCCUGCUCCUCUCCUGCCUCCAAAGCCAUAACUAAAAGGAGGCUCCGCCAAACCCGCAGUCUGGACCCCGCUAUAAUCAGACAUUGUAGCACCGGAGCCGAUGAAGCCAUGGGAGCACCGCUUUCUGAAGCACCGGCUGCGGAUGCAGGUGCGUUACCGGAGCGCCUGGCUGUGAAACCGUCUUUACGCACCAAGAUUCCGAUACUCAAGGAGCCAAUCGCCCCGUCCCUCUCCACCCCUUCCAUCCCUCUGGAUGUUUCUCCAUCCUCCAACUUCCACUUUGACUAUGAUAUAGUGAAGCGUGCCAAAAGGAAUACCGCAGGGGAUUUACCAUUUCUGGUGAGGGGGCCCGGUGCCACACCGCCCGGGAGCACCGGGACUCUGUUCUCGCCCCGGAGGUGGCUGCAGAAGAAAGUGCAGCCGUCCAGCUCUCACGCUUACGUCGUGUGGAAAUCAGAGCACUUCAGUGAAGAGGAUGUCUUCAUCUCAAAUCUGACAUCUGCACCUGGCUUAAACCAGGUCACUCCAGUCUGCGACCAGAGCAGUUACACAAGGUUACCUGCGUUUCCUUUAUCUUGCCGCUGUUGUUCCAGUGAUUUCACUUCUUGUGGGAGUCACCGCCUUGCACAAAAAGCCUUCUGGGACGGCUGAAGAAGUUCUCUUGGAGCUUCUGCGGAUUAAAUAAUUCCAACAAUAUGUGCAGUGAGGUGUACAGAUAUGGUUCCGCUCAAAAUCCUUUUAUUUCCCUCCUACUCUUGGUGUCACUGGGCCGGUGAGGCUCUUUUGUCUUCAUAAAGGCUCCAAAUUGAGUGUGAAUAAGUGGAAGGCAGUUCAUGAAAUCCUUACCAAAACACACUUGGAUGGCUUAUUUUUAGCAGGGGUGGGCUUUACUGACUGCAUAGUUGGCCCAUGUCCACAUGCAGUGGUGGAAAGGUAUGAUAAUUUUCCAACUUCUUUUGGAGACUUUCUCCCUCUGCCUUGGCUGACUUGUAUAGUUACACCAAAUGUGUGUGUGUGUGUGUGUUUGUGUGUGUACGUGCAGCAGCAUGUGUGUCCUGAUGUGAGGGUCUUAAGAACACAUGGCUUGGGACUGCGUUCUCACGACUGGGAGCGGUCACAGGGUCAAACCCAUGCAGCCCUCAAACAGCUCCCAUCAUUUCCUAUUACAAAGAACGGCUCCGGCUUCACUCUUUCUGUCUCUGCUGUCCUUUCCUCCCUCUCUUCCUCUUUGAGAUGUUGAGAAAGUCUCACUCAGCACAGUU